GGAAGGGAGAGAGAGCCGGAGGCAGGAAGAGUGCGGCAGAGAGUGAGGGGAGAUGAGAACGCAGAGGAGGAGGAGCGAUCGUCGACUUCGGUGGGCGAUCCGGAGUACCGUGCUUUCCUUCGGUUCGCUCUCAGUUUCAAUCGCGCGUUCCGAGCUUGCUCCGGAUGAGCGUAAACCGGGGAAAUCGGAGAGAUCGGUGGACCGGGGACCGCGAAAUCUAAAAUCAUCCGUGCAAAAAAAAAAAAAAAACAAUGAAGCACCUCGAAAUAUGAGUGACGAGGGAUGGGGGAUCACGAUCAGCCCGAUCGCUCGCCGAUCGAUCUCGAUCGCGAACACCGGCUCAUCCUCGUGACUGGCUGUUUUCAAGAGAUGCCACACGCGUGCGACACGUGUUCCGUGAUGCAAUCGAAUGAUCCGUGAGACGGUGGAGCUAAUUGAGUUCACUUGCGAAUACAGUUGGAAUACAGUGAGAAAGUUGAUCUAUCAGUGAAGGAGCUGCUGGAGAACGGUCCUGUCGCGUUUCCUACCGAUAUAUCACGACCGCGUCGUCGACGAUACGGUCCAGGACGCGCGUGUCGUUCGCCGUUAAAAAGAACAUCGGCAAGGCUUUUUUUUUCUCUAUCUACGGUAAAGAGGGCCGAGACAUCUCGAGUUCGAAAUUGUUCGUUCGUGCGUGCAGCUGUCUCUCUGCCGGCUCUCUCGACCGGAAAGCACGUGACAUUGUCCCACUGGGUGUUCCAGACACUCCUUUCCUAUAUAGGAAAGGAUCGGAACAUGAUCUUUGUACGAAUUGACUGGUCUACUCACGUUUACGGUUGGCAAACUUCGUGAAAUGCAAAGAAAACUUCAUGUUAAAUCUAAUACAAUGCUGAAUUUUUCACCAUGCGAUUUCGAAUUUCGUGGAAAAGAUACAUCUGAUGUUAUUAAAAAAUUCGAUUUUGCCCUCUUUCUGUGUACGUGAUAAUUGAAGAUAAAAAACGAGCAAUUUUCGGUAUAAACUUACACAAUUUAAAAAAAGUGGUGACAUUUUACAAUUAUUUGUAGACUUAAAAUGUAGAAGUAAACAUGCAGAACAAAUACGAUUAUGCGUGCAGUGUAACGAGAUUAAUCAAGACGUUUCCCACUUUCUAAUUUCGGUACCCGUUUCGCAACCGAGCUCCUAAAGAGCACGUAUGCCUCGUAAUUAGUGAAGUCAUGAUGGUCGGGACGUCUAAUGAUUAUCGUUUCAUCGAAGUUAAAUUGGACCGCGCCAGGAAAUGCAGCGAAGCUCUCAAGCGAAGAUCUAACGCUUUACAGGAGAAGCGAGAUUAUUCACAGCAAUUAUCUUACGAGGACACUAAUGUAAAAUUAAAAAAAUUCUUCCGUGCGUAAAUGCAAGACGUGUUCUUACGCGCAUUAUGAGAAUGGCGAAGAACGAAGACGAACGAAAACACAGCGCACGCCCGUCAAAAUCACGGAGGACAAUCAACGUAUUGUCUCUCCGGAGGGAAUAAAGGAUGUAUAUCACUAUAUAUGGAAAUGUGUUUAACAAUACGUGGCAAAAGAAAUGCGAAAUUAUGAGUCGCUGAUCUUUUUAUCCUUUUCAUCCACGUAUCGCGUUGGAUGCAAAUUCAACAAGAUAUGAAUCACGCCAAGCGCGUUAUUAUAUGUACGCUUAAUAACGAACGCUUAAACCACGCGAGAUACAUUGCGCUCGGGAUGCUCCACAUGAGACUCGAUGUAAUACUAAAAUGCGAGGGGAACGGCUACCCGAACCCUACGAGCAGCCGAGAGUGACUCGUUCUUCCUCUCGCGUAACCGACCGCAAUGCGGAAAAUGCUUCGCAACGCGUAAUAAUUAGACAGACAGCCCCGUCGAGAUAAAGGUGUAACGCGUGUCAGGGGAGACGCGAUGGCAUCGCGGACGAGAAAGCGGUGGUGCGCGAAUGGUGUUUUAGUACGAUUGACGCUGACUCUGUCUAGUUUGUGCGCGAGUCAUUGUGCGAAUAUCGGCCUGAUGACGACGACGACGGCGACUACGGGGACAACGGGAAUGACGACGGCUACGACGAUGACUACGACGGCUGGUGACCUUACGGAAUGCAUCGGGGGUAUCCAGAUAGUGAGAUCCAAGAAAGAGGUGAGACUAGCUGUGAUCGUGCCAGGUGAUCCUCGCCACGAGCAGAGUUUGCAGAGGGUGUUACCGGCGAUAUUGCUGGCUGUGAAAUACGUCAGCUCACCCAGGGGACCUCUACCAGGAUGGGACAUCAAGGUGGACUCUCGUGACUCAAACUGCUCCAGCAUUAAGGGACCGCUGUACGCGUUCGAGUUCUACACCAACAAGACAGCAGACGCUUUCCUGGGUCCCGUGUGCGAAUACGUGAUCGCGCCCGUGGCUAGAUACGCGGGUGUAUGGGGCAUACCCGUGCUGACGGCAGGCGCGCAGGCGGAAGCGUUCCGUUUCAAGGGUGAUUUUCCCACGUUGACCAGGAUGAUGGGCUCUCACCAAUUGGUGAGCGAGGCGCUCAGACAUAUUCUAUGGCGUUUCGGAUGGAAAAUCUGCGGCCUGCUGUUACACAAUUACAACAAGGCCAACAAGGACAAAAAAGGCAAUUCCGAGUGCUACUUCAGACUCAGCGCCGUCUUCGGGGCGAUCGAAUCCAAGCUCAAUUACAAGCCGGAAGUCAAGGCGUUCGACCAGGAGACGACCACCGCCGAGGAGUACAGAGACUUGCUCACCCAUAUCUCGAAAACUGCACGGAUCAUAGUGAUGUGCGCUAAUUCAACGACCAUCCGAGAAAUAUUGCUGGCUGCCGAGGAACUCGGGAUGGUGGACUCAGGGGAGUACGUUUUCUUCUCCAUAGAGCUCUACUCCAGCGAUAACAACUCCAAGGAACCAUGGAGGAUCGAGGGCGACACCGACGAGAGGAAUGAGAAGGCCCGAAAGGCUUAUCAAGCGUUGCUAACGGUGACGACGCGCACCCCCGACAACCAAGAGUAUCAGAAUUUUUCGCGCGAAGUUAAAUCCUUGGCUCAAAGCAAAUACAACUUCACCUUUGGCAAUAGUUCGGUCUCCACCUUCGUGACGGCGUUUUACGACGCCGUACUGCUUUAUGCCCUCGCCCUUAAAGAGAGCCUGCAGGAAAAGCCGGGUGAGGUCAUUCCAGAUGGCGGUAAUUUGACCCGCAGAAUGUGGGGAAAGAGUUUCAAGGGAAUAACUGGCGAUGUAAACAUCGACGAAAAUGGCGACAGAAUUGUGGAUUAUUCUUUGCUGGACAUGAACCCAGAAACAUCCAGAUUUGAAAUUGUGGCCAAUUAUAAUGGUGUGAAUAAAACAUUGGAAUAUAUUCCCGGGAAGCAAAUUCACUGGGCCGGUGGUCGUUUGGAACCACCUCCGGAUACUCCUGCUUGCGGAUUCGAUGGGUCGUUGUGUCCCGAUAAUUCUCUUCCGGGAUACGCUAUUCUCUCCAUGGUAUUGAGUUCCAUCGUAGUUGUUCUCGUCGUUGGUUCAAUACUUAUUUAUCGGCGCUUCAAACUGGAAGCGGAAAUUGCCUCCAUGACGUGGAAAGUGAAUUGGAACGACGUACACAUGGUGCCUAACGCGAGACUAAGGGGCUCCAUGAACUCCCUAAUCGCGACUAACAGACAGUUGCACAGCAGUGAACUGACGAUAUAUUCUGUAGAUAACGCGAGUAUGGCAGGUGGUGCUGAUAGACAUGUGUAUUUUCCGACUGGAAUUUAUAAGAAUUCGAAAGUCGCUAUAAAAUUUAUACCGAGGGACAAAGUGGAGAUCUCAAGACCUUUGCUACUGGAGUUAAAGCGGAUGAAGGAUCUCCAGCACGAUCAUCUUGUACGAUUUUACGGUGCCUGUGUCGACUCGCCGUAUUGUUGCCUCCUAACCGAAUACUGCCCCAAAGGAUCUCUCCAGGACAUACUAGAGAACGAGCAGAUAAAGCUCGAUCGCGUAUUCAGAGGAUCCCUGAUACACGACAUCGUGCGCGGCAUGGUGUAUCUUCAUACGUCGGAAGUGAAGAGUCACGGUAAUCUCAAGUCUUCGAACUGCGUCGUCGAUUCGCGAUUCGUCCUGAAAAUCGCCGACUUCGGCUUGCACGAGCUGAGGAGGAGCGCGGACGAGGACGCGGACGAUGAGAAAAACAGCUACGCCUAUUGGAGGAAACAACUGUGGACAGCACCGGAGUUGCUGAGGACGGAGAGACGACCGCCCGAGGGCACUCAGAAAGGUGACGUGUACAGCUUCGCUAUAAUCGUUCACGAGAUCGUGGUGCGCCAAGGGCCAUUCUACUUGGGAGACAAUAACGAACUCUCUCCAAAGGAAAUAGUAGAAGGUGUCAGAAGAGGUGGCGGUUCACCCUUAAGGCCUGUAAUCGACGAUGCUUCCGUUGAAGAAGAGGUAGCUACAUUAAUGAGGAAAUGCUGGGCGCAAGAUUCCGCGGACCGACCGGACUUUCCCGCAUUGAAGCAAACGAUUCGUAAAAUUAAUAAGGACUAUGAGAGCAGCAAUAUCUUGGACAAUUUAUUAUCCCGCAUGGAGCAAUACGCCACGAAUUUAGAAACGCUGGUGGAGGAACGCACGGCUGACUACCUCGAGGAGAAACGUAAAUGCGAGGAACUUCUUUACCAGUUACUACCAAAAUCGGUGGCGUCGCAGUUGAUCCUCGGCCAAAGCGUAAUCGCCGAGACGUACGAUCAAGUGACAAUUUACUUCAGCGACAUCGUGGGUUUCACCAGCCUGUCGGCCGAGAGCACGCCUAUGCAGGUGGUCGAUCUGCUGAACGACCUCUACACGUGUUUCGACUCCAUUAUCGAGAACUUCGACGUUUACAAGGUGGAAACGAUAGGGGAUGCUUAUAUGGUCGUAUCGGGAUUACCGGUGAGAAAUGGCAUGAAUCACGCUAGAGAAAUUGCGAGGAUGAGUUUAGCCCUCAGGGAUACAGUAAUGACAUUCAGCAUUCGCCAUAGACCAACCGAGCAAUUAAAACUUCGUAUCGGCAUGCAUUCUGGACCAUGCGUGGCCGGCGUAGUAGGUCUCAAGAUGCCCAGAUACUGCCUGUUCGGCGAUACGGUCAACACAGCAUCCAGGAUGGAGAGCAAUGGAGAAGCUCUGAAGAUCCAUGUCAGCCCGAAGACGAAGGAAAUACUGGAUACCUUUGGUACAUUCGAACUCAUCUGCAGGGGAGAAGUGAUAUUAAAGGGUAAAGGUCCAAUGACCACUUAUUGGUUGAUGGGCGAAAAACCGACGAACAACAACGUGCAACAAGCAAAUCUCACGACGACGAUGAGCCAAAUAUCGAUUCUACAGGAUCAACAUCCCGUCGCCACUCAAAUUCAGACGGCGCAACCGAAGCAACAGGAGCAACGGGCGCUCACAUCCGCUAGCCAGCAGCACAAAUUUUACGGUCAGUCGGAUCAGCCUUACCCGACCCAACAAUCGAUUCAGUCGAGGAGUCAGGAGCCGCGGCAGCAGGGACAUCCAGGUCAACAGAGACCGCAGGAGUCGCAGCAUCAGAGUUUAAUGACCGCCCAACCGCGGUGUCAAGCGGUCCCGACUAAUUCGUCGUCGGCCACGAAUCAGAUUCAGGGUCAGAAAUCCGUUGCGAUUAAUCUCUCCUGCGGCCUCGCUGGCGUGACUGGAAACGGUGCGCCCAAAUCGGUGGUCGCGUCGCGCACCGGCGUCGCGACGCCGAUCGGUAACUCCUCACCAUCCCGCAAUCGCACGAGCGGAUCGCCGAGCGCAAACAACUCCGUACAUCAGGUAUACCCGACAGCCGAGAGCAUGCCCAAUCACACCGAGAGUGGUCCCAACGCGCCGCUCCUGCUACCUGCGGGCGCAGUCCCUAGAGUCUAGCUCUCCUAAGAUACCUUUUCGACGAUAUCCAUCUUGUUGAACCUCUGAAGAAUUAUAUCGUGGGGCAACCGAGUCGAUCGAUAAUCGGGUUUGUUGGUGAGAAAGCGGAAUACAUUUGUGGUCGAAACUGAAGCGAGAGAGGGUGAAUCGAGGGCGAUGAGACUUGUAACGAAAGCGAAGGAUUUGCCCAUCAUCCUGAUCUGCUAAAGCUUUCAAAAUUCAGAUUCUUCGUUUUGGAAGUAAUCAAAGUGAUUUGUGAACAUAUCGUGGUCUUCUAUAAAAUUUACGACGAGGGUGCUUAUCUUGAAUUAAUUAACGUUUCACAAUUUGUUUUUUUUUUAAUUUCUAGAAAGUGUUUAUUAAAUUAGAAUUCUACGUAAUCAAUUAGCGGAAAAUUGGCUCUUGGUACUAUAAAUCUCCUAACUAUGUUAUUGCGAUAGAUAUAGCUGACAAAGCGGGACCGACUCCAAGUUCGCUAAAAGUGUGAUCUCUUCCUACAAGGUAUUAUGGAACCAAUGUUUACUGAUUAAUGCAAUUUAGAAUAAAUACAAGUAUCGCGCGAGAAUCGUGCGAUAAGAGUGAAUAAUGGGAAUUACUGGGUCGGAUAAAUAUCCGAAUCCAGAAAAAGAGAGGAAGGAACAAUUAAUUAUAGAGAAAUACACGAUUGACGUACUUUUGCCAAGGGUACUUAUAGUCUUCUAUAUGGACACAGUAUUAUAUCGGUCGUGUGCGUGUAUGCAUGUUUUAAUUAACCGUACUAAAGCGAGAACAUUCGCGUUUCUCGUUUACGCGCACAUGUCCCCGUGAGAUUCGUUUGCGACGUAAAUGCAACGGGCUUAUUAAUUAACUUAGCGGCAAGUUUUCCAAAGUUAGCAGCGGCCAGUACUUGACUUCCACCGAGCCUUGCGCGCCGAGUUACCGAAUUAAUUAAAAUCCGAUAGCAAAUGCAGCAGGCAAAUUCAGAUCUUCUCUCUUUACGAGGAUCUUAGGCUCUAUUUUACAAAAAAAAAAAAAAAAUGAUUGUGAUUGACUGAAUCGUCUGUCUAUAUUACUAUUCAAGAUCUCGAGAGAAAGAGAGAGCGAGAGAGAAAUACUUAAAGUUAAACUUUAUCAAAAUCGAUUAAAUUGACUUAAAAUUAAUCGUAAGAAAAAUAACGGUUUUCUCUGACCAAAAUGGUAUACGUUCUAUAGAAAUAUUUUUGCGUAAGCUUCUUCCAAUACAACGUUUUUAUUUACUGUAAAAUAUUUUUCGCAUCCUUCCGAACUCAUCUGCGAAAUCAUCGGAUCACGAGCAAAGCAUCAUGAAAGACAUAGCUCGGCCACAGUGUUUAUCGUCGCAUGCCGACACGACAAAUAUUACCGUUCGCAACGCGUCGCGAGACCCACGCAAACACAGAGAUUCCGUACCUAUAUGUGUAAGGAUGUUAUAUAUAAAUAUACAAAAGAGAAAAAAAAGAGAUAUAUAUGUAUACGCAAGUACAUGUAUAUGUUACGAGAUUAGAUUAUAUAUAAAUAUAUGUAUAUGGCUGCAAAAGCAAAAGUUACCGUAGCUAACAUCGAUGUUUAGGGCCAUUCGUGGCAAACGGAGGCUGGGCCUCUCGCAAAACAAUUAUAUGACGUGUCUGAGAAAUUAAUACCGAUUGCUGGUGCAUAUGUCUGCGAAGGACAAGCCAUACACAAGCAUAUACACACACACACACAUACAUAUAUACAUACAUUUAUACGUACAUAAGGCAGAUAUGCGCACGUGCAGUCGCGAUUGCAUACCCGUGUUUAAUGUAUGAACGAACGGUGCAGGUGGCUGAUGAUACUCCGCGGUCGCCUUGCUGUAAACGUGGUGUGGUGGCACGAGGAGUGUGACGCAUCGUAAAGAGUGAAAUUCUGUCUGUGUCAAUCUCUCUUUCAACGAUGUACCAAUGAAUAUUCCGAAAAUAAAGUUUAAUCGUUUUCAA